AUGGACGACGAGGACGAUUUCUUCUACAAACAUGACUCUCUUUUGCCCUACAAGGCGGAGGUUGAGGACUUCAACUUCCGUUGGUUGCGGGGUGGCAAAGCUCGGCUUCGGGGCUUACGGCAUCCGGGGCUCUACUACAGCCAUCGGGUGCGCCUGGCGAUGAGACAAAUCCCUGGGCUUAAGCUUGUCCUGGCCCUGUGCGAUCCACUGGGCAGGUUCGAGAAGCGGUUCUGGCUCUACCACCUUUGUGAGGUGAAUGCCCACCACCCGGACCCGGUGAUCCGCAUCUCCGGCUUUGGGGGUCGCUGCUUCACCAGCACCAAAGCUGCGCUGGAGGAGCCGUGGCUCUUGCGUCCGAUUGCCUUUGCCGCUCACCUGGCUCAGCUCGAGCGGCUCUUUGGGCCGGAGGAGAUGCGCGCCGUGCAUCAGGCUCAUUUUCGGGAGAGGUUCAAAGAGGUCUUUGAGCACUUGGCCCACUUUCUGGGUGUGAGGCCUACGGACUUUCAAGCACAUCGCUUAAAUCAUCAUGGGGGGCAUCGCACCGACCUGUGCCGGAACGCCUCGCUGGUGGUGGACCUUCAACGCAUGAUGAGCGCCGAGUACCAAACGGUGGAGGAUCUGCUGCAGAGCCACGGGGGCGGUUUCACUGCGCCCCAGGAGCUUCUGCGGCGGCGCACGCGCUGCGAUCGGCCCGAGGAGCUGGCUGAGGAGCCAAUGAUGGUUGUGCCAAAGGGCAGAUUGGUGGCGGUGUAG